AUGGACAUGGACCAUUCAUCGCACGGUUCCUCAACGGAAUCGGGGCAUAGCAUGAUGUCCAUCUUCUUCAACAGCAUGGACACGCCCCUCUACAGCAACGCGUGGACUCCGACGUCCGCGGGAACCUACGCGGGCACUUGCAUCUUCCUCAUCUGCUUCGCGGCCAUCUUCCGAGGUCUUUUGGCCGCCAAGGCCAUCAUGGAGCAGAGGUGGUUGGACGCGGAGAUGGCGCGGCGGUAUAUUGUGGUCGCUGGCAAGCAGUCGUUUAGCGAGCGGCUCGUCCAUGAUCCCGAGGCUAAGGAUAUGGUUCUGUCUGCCAACGGCGUGGAGGAGAACGUCAGGGUUGUUGCGAGGUCGAGGGUUGGUAACGCUCGGCCGUGGAGGUUUACUGUUGAUCCUUUGCGAGCGCUGAUGGAUGUUGUUAUUGCCGGUGUUGGUUAUCUUCUUAUGCUUGCUGUCAUGUCUAUGAAUGUUGGCUACUUCCUCUCUGUUCUCGGCGGCGUCUUUAUUGGCAGUUUGGCCGUUGGCAGAUACACUCCCUCGACCGAGCACUAA